GACCUUUCUUUCCAUCAGCCCACGCAGCCCACGCAGCCAUGAGCAAACCGGACGUGCACCGCGCCGACGAGCGGCGCUUCCUGGACGAGCGCGGCACGACGGGCCCGCUGGCGCCCAACGGGCUCAACCCGGCGACCAUCAUGGAGAAGGCGGUGCGGGAGCGCAUCGUCGAGAGCUACUUCUUCAAGGAGCAGUGCUUCGGCGUCAACGAGGCCGACAUUGUCGACCGCGUGGUCGAGCACGUCGACCACGUCGGCGGCGUCACGGGCACCUCGCAGCGCCCCACCCCGUUCCUCUGCCUCGCCUUCAAGCUGCUCCAGCUCGCCCCCGGCGACGACAUCCUCGACGAGUACCUGCACUUUGGCGGCGACAAGUUCAAGUACCUGCGCGCCCUCGCCGCCUUCUACAUCCGCCUCACCAGGCCCGACCGCGACGUGUACAUCCGCCUCGAGCCCUUCCUCGAGGACCGCCGCAAGCUGCGCAAGAAGGGCCGCAACGGCACCACCCUGACCUACAUGGACGAGUUCAUCGACGACCUGCUCACCAAGGACCGCGUCUGCUCCACCAGCCUGUGGAAGAUGCGCAGACGCGACAUCCUCGAAGACCUCGACCUCUUGGAGCCCCGCGUCAGCCCGCUCGGUACGCUCGAGGACCUGCUCGAGGAAGAAGAGGAGGAAGAAGAAAAGGAAGAGGAGGAGGCGGCGCAGAACGGGGACGAUGUGAACGGGGAGAGCCGCGAGCAUGAUGCCAGCGGCUCUGAGAGGUCUCGGUCGCGGUCGCGGUCGCGGUCGAGGUCCGCAUCAGCCACGAGGCGCUCAAACCACGACAGGAUGGACAUUGACGAUCCGGAGGAUCGGCGAUCAGAUGGGGAAAGGUCUCCUUGAAGAUUGGGCCGAAGACUCGGAAGAAAAGAAAAAGAGAGAGAAAAAAAAAAAACCCACCCAAGAUAAGGCGUGGCCAGAAACCCUCCCGUACGACCGAUGAGCAGCCACUCCGAGAUUGAAGUAGGGCGCCCUCCACCCGGGGCGGGCCGGCCACGGGCAGGGCUACUGCAGGACUCGGGCCAAGUUGCCGAGUCAUGAGCGUCGCGCAGUGGAAGCCGGGAGCUGCCCUCCUAUUCAGGCAGGCCUUACAUUAGAUAGGGGUAGACUUGGCCAGACAGCCCCAGUUGUUCUUGACGUGAGAGAGAGACAUCCGCAUGCUCACAAUGGCGAGGUAACAUUACUUGGUACCGCGAACCAAGCUUCUUCGAUGGUAAGGCGAGGCUAAGCUGAGCGAACUAUGCCGAUGUGGGAUCUGUGACGGAGGCAGAUGGCGACGUCAGCGCUAUUGAAUCUGCUUAC